UCCAACAUGGACACGUUUUUCCGCCGUCACUUUAAGAGGAAGGAGGCGGUUCUGCCGGCGGAGGCGGAGGCUGACUCCGUCCGCCAGCGGAGGCCCAGCGUGGCCGUCCCGACCAGCAAGGCCCGCCGGCGGUCCAACGCCGGGCUGCCGUCCUCCACGCUGACCCAGCGGCGCCGCCCCAGCGUCCAGCUGCAGGGGCGCUGCCGUGCGCCGGAGGGGGCGUCUGGCAAAACGGCCCGGCAGAGCAGGUGGGCGGGACACGUUCGCCGGCGCUCCAGCACCACCACCCCCAGCCUCAACCCACGGUUCGCCGUGUGCCGGAGGAAGGUGGGGAAGCUGCGGACCAUCGACACCCACCUGCUGGGCCCCUCCAUGCUGCUCGCCAGCCUCAUCCAGAUGGCUGAGGAGGAGGAGGGGGAGGGGGCGGGGCUACUGGCCGGAGAGCAGCAGGUGGAGGUGAGGGGCGGGGCCAACAGCAGGAGGAUGUUCUCCCGCUCCAGCAGCCUCCACUCGGACGGAGACGACGACAGCAGCGACUACUCCACCGCCAACGACAGCCAAUCAGAAGCCAGCCAAUCAGAAGCCAGCCAAUCAGAAGCCAACCAGCCGUCGGAGGCGGAGCAGCUGGCGGAGGAGGAGGAGGAGGAGGACGCCUCCUGGUCGCACUUCUCCUCCAACCACGCCUCCUCCUCCGGGUUGGAGGCGACGAGAGACCCUCCUCAGCGCCCGCCGGCGUCACGGCCCCUCAUCAGGCCCCCCCGCUGCCUGAGGAGGAACUCGUCUCAGGUGUUCUCAGGAGACGCCGCUCCUCUCGGCCGCCAGCGGGCCUCCAGCCAGAGGAAGAGGAGGAGGAUCUCCACCAUCUCCAAGGCCGGGAGCCCCUGGCCAGGACGGGGCCCCCUGCUGCCCAGCCGCAGGACUUCAGUCCACUACCUCAACCACCCGGCCUUCUACCGGGGCCCCGGAGCCCUCAGCCCGCUGGGCGCCCGCGGCUGCGACUCCCACCUGGAGAGCUGGAGCGGCUUCCUGCUGAAAGCCAUCGCCAAGUCGGGUCUGCAGAACGUGACGACUCAGCCCAACGCGUCUACGUCCGGACAGACCGACCCGCUGCAGGAGCCCAACAGCACCGUGGACUGGAGCGACAACGCCCAGUUCGGGGACCACAUCUGGUUUGAGACCAGUGGAUCUGGAGACUUCUGUUAUGUUGGAGAGCAGUACUGCAUCGCUAAAUCACUGCAAAAGUCAGUGGCAAGGAAGAAAUGUGCUGGAUGUAAGAUAUCGGUCCACACGAUGUGCAUGGAGCAGCUAGAGAAGAUUAAUUUCAGGUGCAAGCCGUCAUUUAGAGAACCAGGAUGUCGGGCUGUUCGAGAGUCCAACGUUGUGCGACACCACUGGGUCCACAGGAGACGUCAGACUGGGAAGUGUCGACAGUGUGGGAAGGGAUUUCAACAGAAGUUUUCAUUUCACAGCAAAGAGAUUGUUGCCAUCAGCUGCUCGUGGUGCAAACAGGCGUACCACAAUAAGGUGACAUGCUUCAUGCUGCAGCAGAUAGAGGAGUGCUGCUCUCUGGGAGCUCACGCUGCCGUCAUCAUCCCUCCUACCUGGAUCAUCAGGGUCCGCAGAACACAGUCGUCUCUAAAGUCGAGUAAAAAGAAGAAAAGGACGUCGUUGAAAUGCAACAAGUCGAGCAAGAAGGGAUCAGAGAUCCAAGAUGGCCGCUGGAAGCCCUUCCUGGUGAAGCAUCUCCCGUCUCAGCUCAUGAAGCCUCUGCUGGUGUUUGUGAACCCGAAGAGUGGAGGAAACCAGGGAGCCAAGAUCAUCCAGUCCUUCAUGUGGUACCUGAACCCUCGGCAGGUGUUUGACCUGACGAAGGGAGGACCCAGAGAGGGGUUGGAGCUGUACGCCAAAGUGCCCAACCUGAGGAUCCUGGCGUGUGGGGGGGACGGGACGGUGGGCUGGAUCUUGUCAGUGUUGGAUGAGCUGAAGCUCCACCCCCAGCCUCCUGUGGGGAUCCUUCCUCUGGGGACCGGCAACGACCUGGCCAGGACUCUCAACUGGGGAGGGGGUUACACCGACGAACCGAUAACAAAGAUCCUCUCACACGUGGAGGACGGAAACAUCGUCCAGCUGGACCGAUGGAACCUGAACGUGGAGGCGAACCCCGAGGCCCGGCCGGAGGACAGGGACGAACAUCAGACCGACAAGCUUCCUAUUGACGUCUUCAACAACUACUUCAGUCUGGGCUUCGAUGCUCACGUCACACUGGGCUUCCAUGAAUCCAGAGAGGCGAAUCCAGAGAAGUUUAACAGCCGCUUCAAGAAUAAGAUGUUCUAUGCAGGAACGGCCUUCUCUGACUUCCUGAGUGGGACUUCCAAAGACCUCGCCAAGCACAUCAGAGUGGUGUGUGAUGGUACCGACCUGACGGCCAAAGUCCAGGACAUGAAGUUACAAUGUCUGCUCUUCCUCAACAUCCCCAGGUACUGUGCCGGCACCGUGCCGUGGGGUCACCCCGGAGAACACCAGGACUUUGAACCGCAGCGCCACGACGACGGCUGCAUCGAAGUCAUCGGCUUCACCAUGACGUCUCUGGCCACGCUGCAGGUGGGCGGUCACGGCGAGCGUCUCCAUCAGUGUAAAGAAGUGACCCUGACCACCUUCAAGUCCAUCCCCAUGCAGGUGGACGGAGAACCCUGUAAACUGGCUCCAUCCAUCAUCCACAUCAACCUGAGGAGCCAGGCCAACAUGGUGCAGAAGACCAAGAGGAGGAUAUCCAUGCCCCACCUCAACGAUCAGCAGCCGGUUCCUGAGAAGCUCCAGAUCAGGGUGAACCGGAUCAGCAUGGCGGCCUACGAGGCUCUGCACUACGACAAGGACCAGCUGAAGGAGGCCUCGACUCCUCUAGGAGUCAUCACCGUCCCCGGCGACAGCGACCUGGAGACCUUAAUACAGAUCGAGCGUCUCCAUGACUCUCCUCCUCAGGACGAGGACCUGAUGAAGGAGGACGCUCCGUCUCCUCACAAGUUGUCCAUGAGGUGGUGUUUCCUGGACUGUACCACUGCAGACCGCUUCUACAGGAUCGACCGGGCUCAGGAGCACCUGAACUACGUGACGGAGAUCUCUCAGGAGGAGCUCUACAUCCUGGACCCGGAACUGGUCGUCAAGGAGACGGUGGGCACCUCCCCCGGCGUCCCAGACCUGGUGGACUCUGAGGAGCACCGGGACCCGCACCGGGACCAGCAGAGACAGUUCUCCUUCCCCGGCUCACCGAGGUCCCCCCCUCCUCCCAGAGUGAGAGACCUCCAGAGGAAGAGGAUCUCCAGUGACAGUUCUGUGGUUGAUGUUUUGUCUCAGAGUUCCUCUAAGAACGUUCUCUGCAGAAGAGGAGCAAAGAUUGUCAAUGUUCAUCGCUCCAACACAACGCUGGCUGACUUCAGACCCAUCGUUAGUCCUUCCAGAGCUUCAUCACGUGACCCUCAACAAGAUGCUGAGUUGAUCGACUGCAUCAAGACUGAAGACCUGAACAGACUGACGGAGCUCCACCAGCAGGGGGCAGACAUCCUGCUGCAGGACGAGGCCGGCUGCACUCUGCUGCAUCACGCUGUGGAGGCCGGAAACAAAGAGAUCCUCAAGUACCUCAUCGACCACGUGCCCACGUCUCACCUGGACAUAACAGAGAAGGAGACAGGGGAGACGGCGCUCCAUAAAGCCGCCUCCUCCUGUCAGAGGAGCAUGUGUCACUACCUGGUGGAGGCCGGGGCGUCGCUCAUGAAGACAGACCUGCAGGGUGAAACUCCCAAACAUCGCGCUGAGAAGGCCGAGGACCAGGAGCUGUGUGAAUAUCUGGAGGGCCGCCAACAUUACCAGAUGAUCCAGAGGGAGGACCAGGAGACGGCGGUCUGAGGUCCACCCUGUCUGUCUGAACACCCGUCUGUCUCUCUGUUAUUUAAGCCUCUUUAGAUUCAAAAGGAGAAAAGUGUGUUUUUAACUCCACAGACACAUAUGAGCUGUGAGAGGACCGGAGACACAUAAACAUGAUUAUUAUUAUUCAUAUUAUUAUUCAUUUGUCCCCUUUUAAGUGAGCAGAAAUGAUGUUUUGUUGUGGAUAAAGUCGGGUUUGUAGAUGACUUGAAAACAUCCUCAGCUGGAGUCCAAACUAAAAGCCUCCGGACACUAAAGUGGAUUUAAACUCUGGAGCCUCACAGACCUGAGAUCUGCUGCAGACGGCGUUCUGAAUGUGUCUUUAUGCAGACGACGCUCCGACCUCUGUGUUAACCGUACAGAAUGUUCUGUUAGAGAGAAACACUGACUGUAUUCAUGAGUCUGCAGCUGAACGUGAUGAAGUCGUUUCUGAUAGAACGUGUCUUCUAGUGACCUUCUGGAUGUAUUUGUUUACUCGACAGAAAUAAGUGUUUGUUCACUCGUUGGAUAUUUAACUUAGACACUGAUGAAUUUAGCUAUUUAUGAUUUAUAUGUAGAGAUUAAAAAAAAUGUUUUGCUUUGUGAUCAAACUCAGUGAGGAGCGUCAGCGACUGCUUCAAACCCACUUUUAGCUAUUUCAGUCAACAUAUGAGAUUUGUUGUUUUUUUGUAAUACUUUUGUCUGUUACAUAACUGUAGAGCUGGACGUCUGCCAGCAGGAAGCUUUGGUUGUUUGUGUUCAUAGCUGAGAUAGACGCGUCAGUGUUUCUGCCAAAGCAGCCUGUGUUAGUAAUAAAUGAGAUUAAGAGUCAGAACGACUUUAUGCUGUAUGAUAUCUGAGUAAUAACUGUUUGUUUGGUUUUAUCAUUUCUGAGUGACCUGCAAUAAAAGCAUGUCAGGAA